AUGAUCUCUCCAGGUGAGCGAUUUAAUACAUUUGGAGGUCAUCGCUUAAGUAAAAAAGCCGAUGCUCAGACAUUUGAGAUUGGAAAAAGGUAUGUUAUUUCAGCGAGGAAGAACGCUGUCUACACAUUCAUUCACUUAGUCAACCGUACAGUCACAAAUGUCCCUUGGGUAUUUUGGUUACAACUUAUAAUGACAUUCAUAGACCUCGCCAUUGCGGUUACUGGACCAUUUUGUAAAGCAAUUUGGGAAGUAAAUCCAGGACUUCUCCAAGUUACCAAAAUUCUUGAAAUUAUCAUACGAUUUGUUCCAUUAGAUUCGAACAAAAUCGUCGAAAUUGUCAUAUUUGUAAUUUAUGGACUUAUUGAUAUUGGAAUUCUUGUUUUUACACUUAUUAUCAUCAAUCAAGUUAAACAGCGCAAGGAAGUAUCCAAAAAAGUUACAGUUUACUUUUACUUAAACUCAAUUUAUCUUCCAAUAUUCAGAUGUUCAAUGACUUGCAUCUUUUCAGAGCAGCUUAGAGCAUUUUUCGUUCAUUAUACAUUUGGCAACUUCUUUUUAUCCUUAAUUGCCUUAUGUUUCUUAUUACUUCAUUUCAUGAAUAUUUCAUUCUUCUCUUUUUGCAUGGGAACAAGUCCAAGUCCAAAUCUGAAGAAUCCUUUGGCUAUCUGGUGCCCAGAUGUCAUGCGCGUUGUUUCUUACGACUUCUUUAUUGUUUUCAAUUUCACUUUUCUUGAAUGUACAAGGACCGUGAGUGCAAAGACAUAUGGUAUUGUGUUAACUGUUUACCUUGUUAUAUUCCUUAUCCCAUUCUUUAUUUACCAAGCUUUAGUUACUUAUUAUAUUUCGUUCUUUGCAUACGAAUUCAUCUUCGUUAUCACACUUGCUACAUGUGUUUUUGAAAGUGUUAUCAUUACCUACUCUUUCGUGCAGUUUCACGUAGGAGUUGCCGUUGGAAUUGUAUUUUGGCUUGGUUUACCAAUGGUUAUCAACGUUUUGACCCACGGAAUCAUCCAAGCCGUGGUCAAAGGAAGCCUCAAAAAGCUCAACCAAUGCAAGCCAAUGACUCCAAUUGAAACAGAGAAUCAACCUGAAAUUACAGAUGACUUGAUAACCUCUUAUGAGAGUCUAGGCAUCAAGAACGCAAGGCAGGCAGUGCGGAUUGCACGUAUUGCUUGUAUUUUCAGCCAUCCUUGUUUCAUGGAUUUAUCAUUAAUCCAAUUUUUGAUCCAAAACUUCCAAUCUGCUCUUUUUGAGCUUAUGCACCUUUCAUUCCUGCUUCCUGAUCAGACGCUUUUCGUUGCAAAUUUGAUGGAUAAUUUCAUGGACAACAAUAAACCAUCAUUAAUACAAGAAGCGAUCAUGUUCCAAAUCGUUACAUCCCAAAGUGAGUCUUCUGCCGAGCUUUCACCUUCUUUAAUCCGUGAGAUCUUAUAUCAAAACCUUCAAGCAAUGAAAUGCCAGCAAGUUCUUCAGAAGAUAUGGUCUUCAUGCUACAAGGGUGAUAUUACUGCAAUGUCACGCCACGCUUUCACUCUUGAACACAUCAUCGAUCAAUUAAACAAGAAAUGGACGUAUCUAGCCCUCAGAUAUCCAUUUUCCACGCCUAUCCUCAAGGAGUACAUCAAGUUCCUCAAAACAACAGGCUGCCAACACGCUCACGCCGACGCAAUUUGCCAAGCAAAUCCAAAAUUAGAGGACACAACCGUUACAAUCGACACGGAAAUCAACAUGAACAUACUCAAACAGGCCAUUGAAGAGGCUACUGAUCGAAGACCUGUUAUAACUUUGACGAAAAUGAACUUAAUUUUCGCAAUUGCGCUGAUUUUCGUUAAUUUGAUAAUUCUGGCAACUGUUAUUGGCGGCUAA